AAAUCACCUUGAAGACUGUUUUCACCAACCAGACUACUAAAUUCGUAGCUGUGUCAUUGUCUACAACGAAACAACACCACAGCAUAUAAGAAAAGUCUACAAGCAAACAUGUCUCAGCCACCUUCAGAAUCAUCACCUCUACUAUCUCCAGAGCCUGCCACAGAGCAGCCUUGGGACACCAAAUAUCUCACCCAGCCCGACUCUUCUUCAAUAACCUCCUCCGUCUCUUCAAGCAUGGACCUCACCGACGUCCUCCGUGACGUCAUCAUCGGCUUCUCAGACGGCCUCACGGUUCCCUUUGCCCUCACAGCCGGCCUCUCCAGCCUCGGCAGCACAAAGCUCGUCAUCAUGGGCGGCAUGGCCGAGCUCUUCUCCGGCAUGAUUAGCAUGGGCCUGGGCGCCUACCUCGCCGCCGUCACCGAGCGAGACCACUACAACUCGGAGGAGAAGCGCCAGCUCAGCCAGGCCGGCUGCAGCCUGCCCCAGGAGCAGCGCGACGACAUCUUCUGCAUCCUGGAAAAGUACAACGUCUCCCGCCAGGCCGCCGCCCCGCUCGUCGAGGAGCUGUGCAAGAACCGCGAGCAGUGGAUCCGCUUCCGCAUGGACUUUUCGCUGCGCCUCGAGAAGCCAAACAUCCACCGCGCGUGGAUCUCCGGCGUGACCAUGGGCCUGAGCUACUUCGUCGGCGGCCUCAUCCCCAUGAUUCCUUACUUCGUCAUGGACAAGGUUGCUGAUGCGCUCUUCAUCUCCAUUGCCGUCACCGUCGUCAUCCUCCUGGGCUUUGGAUACGUCAAGAACUAUGUCGCGAUUAGGAAUCACAGAGCUGGCCUAUGGGGCGCCAUCCAGACGCUGAUAAUAGGUGUUCUGGCUGCCGGGACAAGUUAUAUCCUUGUCAAGGCGCUGGAUAGGACAGAUGUAUAAGUUGCGAGUUUUGUUUUGUGCAAUAUUGCUUAAAGGUUUAUCACAUCAUGGCGUUGGGAGGAUUGGAAGCGUUGAGAGGGAAAACAGGAAUCAUCACGCUGGCGUUUGGGAUAUAAUUAGUACAUACUCUGCUCCAUUCAGCGAGGAGACAGCUUGUGCAUGAAUAAUGAUGACUCUACUUUUUGAU